AUGGACGAUAAAGUGGUUUCCAAUCCUAAAUAUCCUUAUGAAGAUUUAAAGCGUCCAACUUUGAAAGAGAAAACUAAUGAAGUUGUCCAUGAAGUGCCAAAAUUUACUGCUUCGUAUAUUAGAUCGUUAUUUCCUAUUGUUACAUGGAUAGGCAGAUAUAAUUUAACUUGGUUUCUUGGUGAUGUGGUAGCAGGAAUUACUGUUGGAGCGAUAGCUAUACCGCAAACAAUGGCCGUAGCUACCAAACUUGCAAACUUGCCACCUGAAUAUGGCUUGUAUUCAGCGUUCGUUGGGGUAACAAUAUAUUGUCUGUUCGCUACAUCAAGAGAUGUAACAAUUGGUCCAACCGCAGUAAUGUCAUUAUUGAUUGGACAAGCGACAGCAAAAAUAAUGGAAUCUAGUGGGAGAACCGGUGUUGACUUUGCAGUUGAAUUGGCAACAGGUUUUGGUUUACUUUCUGGAAUAAUCAUCCUUAUACUUGGUUUAUUCCGGUUUGGAUUUGUUGUGCAUCUUAUACCUACACCCGUUAUCACGGGGUUUACCACAGGAUCUGUUAUAACCAUUGCUCUUGGGCAGAUAGCAAAAUUAAUGGGAAUAACAGGAGUAAAUACUUCAGAUCCAGGAUAUGUGAUUCUAGUUGAAACUUUGAAAGGAUUACCACGUACCAAAGUGGAUGCGGCAUUAGGAAUAUUCUCGUUGAUUUACCUUUAUGCAUUCAAAUAUGGAACACAAUUUCUAUCAAAAAAAUACCCAAAACAUGAACGGACAUUUUUCUUUAUUGGAGUUUUCAGAAUCAUCUCGAUAUUUAUAAUAUGUACUUUAUUCACCUUUAUACUUUCAAAAUUCCAAAAAGUACCUUAUUCGAUAUUAGGAUCUGUUCCUUCGGGUUUUUCUCACCUUGGAUUUCCAAAUGUCAAUAGCGAGUUACUUGGAUAUAUAGGCGGUUAUCUUCCUACUAUUACUUUGGUAUCUGUUUUAGAACAUGUUGCUUUGACAAAAUGUUUUGGUAGAAUUAAUGAUUACAAAAUUGACCCAAGUCAAGAAUUAGUUGCCAUAGGAGUAACAAAUACACUUGGAUCAUUUUUUGGCGGAUAUCCAGCAACCGGUUCAUUUUCACGUACUGCUGUUAAGGCGAGAUCUGGUGUAAGAACUCCUUUAGCUGGUGUAUUUACUGCAAUUAUAAUAAUUUCAGCUUUAUUUUUUUUGACACCCGCCUUCUUUUAUAUUCCUGAUACUACUUUAUCGGCGAUAAUUAUUCAUGCUGUUCUCGGUUUAGUAUCGGAACUUUCUUAUGUAAAACAAUUAUGGAAAAUUCAAUUGGGUAUUUUCUUUAGUACCAUCGAAAUUGGAAUUUAUGCUUCGACACUCUUAACAUUCGUAGUAAUAAUAUUUCAAUUGGUCUUUCCAAGAUUGGAUAAGUUGGGUAUACUUAAAGUAUCCAAUUUCAUUAAAGGAACCGAAAAAAUACAUUACACUUACGUUCCAUUAGGACACUCAUCAUUUAAAACUGUCGAGAAUCCACCUGAUGGAAUUCUAAUAUUUCGGUUUGAUAAACCGUUAUACCAUUUUAAUUCUUCAUAUAUGGAUGAUAAAAUAAUAGAAUAUGCAAAGGACAAGACACGUAAAUAUUAUAAAGCUCAUAAGAAUAAAGGUGAUCGACCUUGGAACGAUUCAAAAGAUACAGAUCCAUUCAAUGAUCCGGUAAAUUUAAAAAAACCAAGACUUAAGGCUGUAAUAUUUGACUUUUCGAUCGUGAGCGUGAUGGAUUCAACUGUCACAGAAAUGCUAAUUGAUCUUAGAAAAGAAUUGGAUAGGUAUAGUCAACGUUCAGUUGAAUUCCAUUUUGCUAAUGUCAUGAAUGAAAAUGUACAAAAUAGUUUGAUUGUUGGAGGAUUUGGUAAAUUUGAACCAAAGGAUUUGAGAAACGGCAGCAAUAGUGUUAAGGAGGUUAAUGUUGAAGCCACUAGUUCCUCUAAAAAAUUCUUUCAUUUAUCUAUAGAAGAAGCUUUGGAAUGGGCGAAUUCUUAA